AUCCUACGACUAUCGUUCUGCCCUUUGAUUUCUCAUCAUCUCCGUUGAGACGAGAGGACUGUCCAAGCGACAAUCGCUGUGCCAUAUUUCUUACUUCUCGAGACAAAUUCAUGCUCAUCACUCGGUACCUACCGUAUUCUUCGCCCCCAUAGUAACAUCACUGUGGUACUUGGAACAGUUACGGUAUUCGGCGUAGUAAGCCAGCUCGAUGAGGAGAUUACUGGACAGCGGAAGGAGUCUUGGCAUCAUACGCCUACAAAUGCACAUUCUAGUUCUUCUUUUACUGGCCGAAUAUUGCAAAGUGCAAUCCAUCUCUCCAGCUGCUUACCCAUUACUGACCAAGUCCUGCCCUAUGCGUGCAUUAGCGAACGGGACGCCCCAGUGGCUCAGUCCUGGACUCUCUACUGGGGAAUACCGAAUCCGGUAUGACGCAGGCUAUUUUCACUCAGGCAGUGAAUGUUGGUGGAGUUGGUACAGUAAGGGCAUACGGACAUUGAGAACAAUUUACGAUCUAUAAGAACGCGAUCGAACAUGAAUAUAUCGGAAUCAUCACAACAACAGCAUUCAACAACUUCCAGUACAUCUUCCUCUUUUUCCUUACGUCUCUAUUUC